UGAAUCCGAAAGGUCGUACCGUUUUGUCGCCGGUUUUUUCGUGUAUUUCUGUGUAUGCGUGUACGUUGUUUUGACUACGGUUUAUACGGUGCGCCCACUAACACCCCCGUAAACCGGUCCAAUCGGUGGUGGUUUCGUCUGCUUCAGACGCGCGCGUGUGUGUAUCUUGGUGUGCGUGCAGAUUCUUCUUCUGCGCAAAAAGAGUGAAUAAUAGUAUGCAAAAGCGAUCAAUCGACCAAUCCGCCAAUUAGUUUACAACAACAACAACAAAAAGAGCAGAGCAAAGCGAGUGCAGCAGCAGCGGGCGUCUCUGCUGACUGUUUUUGUGAGUGUUUGUGUGAGGCAGAUCUUGGACAGAGUCGCCACCCCCGUGGAUUAGUGGCACCCUGUUACCAAUUUCGCUGCACCACUCUCACUGUGUUGUGCCUGUGUGUGUGUGUGUGAAUAAAGAAUAAAUUAAACAACAAAUUCAACAACAAACGAUCAAUUCCCCAUCGAAGAAUCGAUACGCGUCCAUCACAGAGAGAAGGAGAACACCCGCUGAGCGGAAAUAUGGCUAAUACUAUGGAUAUGCCCAACGAACACCACAAAUGGCUAAUGCUGUACGCAGCUGUUGCCCUCAUCGCUUUUGGCGGUCAGACUCUGGCUGCCAAUCCACCAGAUGCCGACCAGAAGGGACCCGUCUUCCUCAAAGAGCCCACCAACCGCAUUGACUUUUCGAACUCCACCGGCGCCGAGAUUGAGUGCAAGGCCAGCGGCAACCCCAUGCCCGAGAUUAUCUGGAUACGCAGCGAUGGCACUGCCGUGGGCGAUGUACCCGGUCUGCGACAAAUCUCAUCCGACGGCAAACUGGUCUUUCCGCCCUUCCGCGCCGAGGACUACCGCCAGGAGGUGCACGCCCAGGUCUACGCCUGUCUUGCCCGCAAUCAGUUCGGAUCCAUCAUCUCUCGGGAUGUUCAUGUGCGAGCCGUUGUGCAACAGUUUUACGAGUCAGAGGUCAACAACGAGUAUGUCAUACGGGGCAAUGCGGCAGUACUAAAGUGUUCCAUACCAUCGUUUGUGGCGGACUUUGUCCAGGUCAUAUCCUGGCAGGAUGAGGAGGGCAAGCUGUAUGGCACGCUCGGCGAACAACAGGGAGCUGCUGAUGGUAAAUAUCUGGUACUGCCCUCUGGAGAACUACAUAUCCGCGAAGUAGGACCCGAGGAUGGAUACAAGAGCUACCAGUGCCGCACCAAACAUCGUCUGACUGGAGAGACACGAUUGAGCGCCACAAAGGGUCGCCUGGUCAUUACAGAUCCCGUUGGGGGCAAGGCUCCCACUCUGCUGUCGAAUGACAUCAAGCGGUCGUGGAUCGAGCGAAUGCUGGCCACCAAUCUGGCCCUCUUCUGCCCCGCUCAGGCAUAUCCAGUGCCCGCUUUCAGAUGGUACAAAUUCAUCGAGGGCACCACCCGCAAACAGGCUGUGGUGCUGAAUGAUCGCGUGAAGCAGGUCUCGGGCACACUCAUCAUCAAGGAUGCCGUCGUCGAGGAUUCGGGCAAAUAUCUGUGCGUCGUCAACAACUCGGUGGGUGGCGAAAGCGUUGAGACUGUUCUCACUGUCACGGCCCCCCUCUCGGCGAAGAUCGAUCCACCUACACAGACCGUGGACUUUGGCAGACCGGCGGUGUUCACCUGCCAGUACACGGGCAAUCCGAUCAAGACCGUCAGCUGGAUGAAGGAUGGCAAGGCCAUGGGACACAGCGAGCCGGUGCUGCGCAUCGAGUCGGUCAAGAAGGAGGACAAGGGCAUGUACCAGUGUUUUGUGCGCAACGAUCAGGAGUCAGCCGAAGCCAGUGCCGAGCUGAAGCUGGGAGGACGCUUCGAUCCGCCCGUCAUCCGGCAGGCAUUCCAGGAAGAGACCAUGGAACCGGGACCCAGUGUGUUCCUCAAGUGUGUGGCCGGCGGCAAUCCGACGCCCGAAAUCUCCUGGGAGCUGGAUGGCAAGAAGAUCGCGAAUAACGACCGCUACCAGGUUGGACAGUAUGUGACCGUGAACGGUGAUGUUGUCUCCUAUCUGAACAUCACAUCGGUGCAUGCCAACGACGGGGGGCUCUACAAGUGCAUUGCCAAGAGCAAGGUGGGCGAGGCCGAGCACUCGGCCAAGCUGAAUGUCUACGGUCUGCCUUACAUCCGCCAAAUGGAGAAGAAAGCAAUUGUCGCAGGCGAGACGCUGAUUGUCACCUGUCCCGUUGCUGGCUACCCCAUCGAUUCGAUUGUCUGGGAGCGUGAUAACCGCGCCCUGCCCAUCAACCGCAAGCAAAAGGUCUUCCCCAAUGGCACGCUGAUCAUUGAGAAUGUGGAACGCAAUUCGGACCAGGCUACCUACACGUGUGUGGCCAAGAAUCAGGAGGGCUACUCGGCACGCGGCUCCCUGGAGGUGCAAGUCAUGGUGGCACCCAAAAUUGCACCAUUCGAUUUCGGGGAUGAACCCUCGAACUUUGGGGAAUCGGCCAGCGUUCAGUGUCUGGUCACCUCGGGUGACUUUCCGGUGAGCUUUGCCUGGUACUUCAACGGACGCGAGAUCAGCAAGAAUGUCUACGACGUGUCGAUGGUGAAGCUGGGCAAGAAGAUCAGCGCCCUCUCCAUUGACUUUGUGCGCGAUCAGCACGCGGGCAACUACACCUGUGUGGCCGUCAAUCGGGCCACCUCGGCUAACUACACCGCUCAGCUGGUGGUGAAUGUGCCACCAAGAUGGAUUCUUGAGCCCACCGACAAGGCCUUCGCCCAGGGAUCUGAUGCCAAGGUUGAGUGCAAAGCCGAUGGAUUCCCCAAGCCCCAGGUGACCUGGAAGAAAGCAGUUGGCGACACACCCGGCGAGUACAAAGAUCUGAAGAAGAGCGACAACAUUCGCGUGGAGGAGGGAACCCUGCACGUGGACAACAUCCAGAAGACCAACGAGGGCUACUAUCUGUGCGAGGCCAUCAACGGCAUCGGCUCGGGACUCUCCGCCGUGAUCAUGAUCAGCGUCCAGGCCCCGCCAGAGUUCACGGAGAAGCUGCGCAACCAGACCGCCCGACGAGGCGAACCCGCGGUGCUGCAGUGCGAGGCCAAGGGCGAGAAGCCGAUUGGUAUUUUGUGGAACAUGAACAACAUGCGACUAGACCCCAAGAACGACAACCGGUAUACGAUCCGUGAGGAGAUCCUCUCCACCGGCGUCAUGUCCAGCCUCUCUAUCAAGCGCACCGAACGCUCCGACUCUGCUCUGUUCACCUGUGUGGCCACCAAUGCCUUUGGCUCCGACGAUGCCAGCAUCAAUAUGAUUGUCCAGGAGGUGCCCGAGAUGCCCUACGCCCUGAAGGUGCUCGACAAGUCCGGCAGAUCCGUGCAGCUGAGCUGGGCCCAGCCCUACGACGGCAACUCUCCGCUCAAUCGCUACAUUAUCGAGUUUAAGCGCUCCCGCGCCUCCUGGAGCGAGAUCGAUCGCGUCAUGGUACCCGGCCACACCACCGAAGCCCAGGUGCAGAAACUCAGCCCCGCCACCACCUACAACAUUCGCAUUGUGGCCGAGAACGUGAUUGGCACCUCGCAGUCAUCGGAAGCCGUAACCAUCAUCACCGCCGAGGAGGCGCCGUCCGGCAAGCCGCAGAACAUCAAAGUGGAGCCCGUGAACCAGACCACAAUGCGCGUCACCUGGAAGCCCCCAACACGCACCGAAUGGAACGGCGAGAUCCUGGGCUACUAUGUCGGCUACAAGCUAUCCAACACCAACUCCUCGUAUGUGUUCGAGACGAUCAACUUCAUUACCGAGGAGGGCAAGGAGCACAACCUGGAGCUGCAGAAUCUGCGCGUCUACACCCAGUACUCGGUGGUCAUUCAGGCAUUCAACAAGAUCGGAGCAGGACCUUUGAGCGAAGAGGAGAAGCAGUUCACCGCCGAAGGCACACCCAGCCAGCCGCCCAGCGAUACGUCCUGCACCACCCUCACCUCCCAGACCAUACGCGUCAGCUGGGUGAGUCCCCCACUGGAGUCGGCCAACGGUGUGAUCAAGACCUACAAGGUUGUGUAUGCCCCCAGCGAUGAGUGGUAUGACGAGACCAAGCGACACUACAAGAAGACCGCCUCCUCCGACACCGUGCUGCAUGGCCUGAAGAAGUACACCAAUUACACGAUGCAAGUGCUGGCCACCACUGCCGGAGGCGAUGGCGUGCGCAGCACUCCCAUUCACUGCCAGACCGAACCAGAUGUUCCCGAAGCACCCACCGAUGUGAAAGCUCUGGUCAUGGGCAAUGCUGCCAUUCUCGUGUCGUGGCGUCAACCGGCGCAGCCCAACGGCAUCAUCACCCAGUACACCGUCUACUCGAAGGCUGAGGGCGCCGAGACAGAGACAAAGACCCAGAAGGUGCCCCACUACCAAAUGAGCUUCGAGGCCAGCGAACUGGAGAAGAACAAACCGUACGAGUUCUGGGUCACAGCCAGCACCACCAUCGGCGAGGGGCAGCAGUCGAAGAGCAUUGUGGCCAUGCCCAGCGACCAGGUGCCCGCCAAGAUUGCCUCCUUCGAUGACACGUUCACUGCCACCUUCAAGGAAGAUGCCAAAAUGCCGUGCCUGGCCGUCGGAGCACCACAGCCCGAGAUUACCUGGAAGAUCAAGGGCGUCGACUUCAGUGCCAACGAUCGGAUGCGCCUCCUGCCCGACGGCUCGCUGCUGAUUAAGUCGGUGAACCGCCAGGAUGCCGGAGACUACUCGUGUCAUGCCGAAAACUCCAUUGCCAAGGACUCGAUCACCCACAAACUGAUUGUUCUGGCCCCACCCCAGUCGCCCCAUGUCACCCUCUCGGCCACCACCACCGAUGCCCUGACAGUCAAGCUGAAGCCCCAUGAGGGAGACACAGCUCCGCUGCAUGGCUACACACUGCACUACAAGCCAGAAUUCGGCGAAUGGGAAACUGCUGAGGUGUCUGUGGACUCGCAGAAGCACAACAUUGAGAGUCUGCUCUGCGGAUCCCGCUACCAGGUCUAUGCCACAGGAUUCAACAACAUUGGCGCCGGCGAGGCUUCCGACAUUCUGAACACCCGCACCAAGGGCCAGAAGCCCAAGCUGCCAGAGAAGCCACGCUUCAUUGAGGUCUCAUCCAACUCCGUUUCGCUGCACUUCAAGGCCUGGAAAGAUGGCGGCUGCCCCAUGUCCCACUUCGUGGUUGAGAGCAAGAAACGCGAUCAAAUCGAAUGGAACCAGAUCUCGAACAACGUGAAGCCCGACAACAACUAUGUGGUGCUCGAUCUGGAGCCUGCCACCUGGUACAAUCUUCGCAUCACUGCCCACAACUCGGCCGGAUUCACCGUCGCCGAAUACGACUUUGCCACUCUGACCGUGACCGGAGGCACCAUGGCCCCACUGGACGAUGGCCUGGGCCAUGGCAAUGUCCACACCCGCAUCCGCCUGCCCGCCUGGAUGCCUGAGUGGCUGGACCUCAACUUUAUGGUGCCGCUGAUAGCCACCGUAGUGGUGGUUGCGGUCGGCAUUUGUGUGGUGUGCGUGGCCCUGUCCCGACGACGAGCGGACGAUCUGCGCGGCGGCCAGAAGGAUGUCUAUUACGAUGUAGUUUACAAUCAGACAAUGGGACCCGGCGCCACCCUCGACAAGCGCCGCCCGGACCUGCGCGACGAGCUCGGCUACAUUGCGCCACCCAACCGGAAGCUGCCACCCGUGCCCGGCUCCAAUUACAACACCUGCGACCGGAUUAAGCGAGGCCGCGGUGGUGGCUUGCGCUCGAACCACUCCACGUGGGAUCCGCGUCGCCCGAACCUGUACGAGGAGCUGAAGGCCCCGCCAGUGCCCCUGCACGGCAAUCAGUAUGGUCAUGCCCACGGCAAUGCUGAGUGCCAUUACAGGCAUCCAGGCAUGGAAGAUGAAAUCUGCCCCUAUGCCACCUUCCAUCUGCUUGGAUUCCGCGAGGAAAUGGACCCCACCAAGGCCAUGAACUUCCAGACCUUCCCGCACCAGAACGGACACACUGGCCCCGUGCCCGGCCAUGCCGGCACCAUGCUUCCACCCGGACACCCAGGACAUGUGCACUCACGAUCGGGAUCUCAGUCGAUGCCACGGGCCAAUCGCUACCAACGCAAGAACAGCCAGGGCGGACAGUCGUCGAUCUACACCCCAGCACCUGAAUACGACGAUCCAGCCAACUGUGCCGAGGAGGAUCAAUAUCGCCGCUACACUCGCGUCAACUCUCAGGGCGGUAGCCUGUACUCUGGACCCGGACCCGAAUACGAUGAUCCAGCCAACUGUGCCCCCGAGGAGGAUCAGUAUGGCUCCCAAUAUGGCGGCCCCUAUGGACAGCCCUACGAUCAUUAUGGCUCUCGUGGAUCCAUGGGACGUCGCAGCGUUGGCUCUGCUCGCAAUCCUGGAAAUGGUUCACCCGAGCCACCACCGCCGCCACCACGCAACCAUGACAUGAGCAACUCCUCAUUCAACGACUCCAAGGAGAGCAACGAGAUCUCAGAGGCUGAGUGCGAUCGCGAUCAUGGACCACGUGGCAACUAUGGCGCUGUGAAGCGAUCGCCCCAACCGAAAGAUCAGCGCACCACCGAAGAGAUGCGUAAACUGAUUGAAAGAAACGAAGCCGGCCCAAAACAACUCCAACUCCAACAACAAGCAAAUGGCGCAGGAUUCACAGCCUACGAUACUAUGGCAGUGUAAUUUGUAAGCGACUCCAGCCAGCAGCGAUGGGCGUGGCAUUGUAGCUUAGUGGUUUUAGGUGCAUGAAGUGCGUGGGAGUUGAAUGACCUUCGGACAAAACAGAACACACAGUCAGUACACACACACACCACAUCAUCAUUACACAAUGAGAAAGAAUCGUAAAGAAAGUGAAUUAUAUACCGCAUAUACACGCAUAAAAUUAUUCAACUACUCGUAUUUCAAGUAUUUAUAACGUAAAGAAAGUAAACUUCAAAAGCAUAUUUAUAGUGUCUAUGCCGUAAACCAAACAUACAUAAAGAUAUACAUCAUAUAUAAAUAACUACUCUAAGUGUGUGCCGUAAAGGAAAAAGUACUACCAAUUAUACGAAAAAAAAAGGAUUGAGGAAACAAAAAUAAUGAAACGAGAAAAAAAACAUACUUACAUUUUCGUAUCUGAAUAUUUGGAACUAAUUUUUAAUAUUGUAUUUUAGUUUUAAGCGAGACCUACCAAAAUAUCAGCGAAAACCCACUAAGGGCGAUGCGAUUCUUGUGUGUAACGAGGAGGUGCAUUUCGGACUUUUGUUUUGUGUAAACGUAAACUCCUCUGCCAUCUAUGCCAAGAGCAGACAACUCGACCUUUGCCUAGCCUAAGUCAGAGUCAUAAUAUUAACUCACCUAAUUGAUAUAUACAUACAUAUAUACUUAGUCAUAUACGGGAUUGUAUAAUUUCUCCUAUACGUUUGGUAAUUUCUAUGAACAGCGCACAUUUGCAGAUUUUGUUUUUUUUUUGCGUUUUGCGUUGACAUGUGAUGAUUGUUAAUUUGUAGAAAUGUGUCAGUAAGUAAUUGUAUUCGUGUAUUCGUUUUCUUUGAAUUAUUAUUUAUACACACACACACACAUACAGACAAGUGUGGACAUGUGUUAUUUUAACAUAGUUUUAUUCUGAUUUUAAAAUGCGCUUCCAAAAGAACAAAACGAAAACUGUUCAAUGCACAAAAUGCAGCCACAACAUUUUGAAUUGUAUAAUACAAGAUCCCCAGGACGCCCACACAUAACCACAGACCCACAUGACCCACUUAUGCACUCUCUCACGUUUUAUUUAGACCAAGAACGAUAUGAUAUACAGUUUUGCACAUCGAUUAUACGCAUUUGAAGCUUUAAGAGAACUUGAAAUUGUUUAUGUCUGGCCAUGUCAAUUUCAUUUUCAUUCGCUCUACUUUAAGUUUGCUAGCUUGUAAGUUUUUAAAUAUAUGAUUUUAUUUUAAAUUUUAA